GCCCCUCCUACCGUCAACAACUGGAUUCCAGCUAUGUGUAUUUUCGUGAACUAGCACUGCUAACCUGCUUGUGAUGAUUCGCUGCCUACGUAGAAAAAACGAACUAAACCUUUAUUUUUGUUCCUUUGAAAAAAAAACCCCACCCUCUCUGUCGACAGCUCGUGCCGAUGUUCGGCCAAUGCAAGCUAAAGGGCCGACGAGAGCGGAGACAUCGACGUGCAUACCGUCCUCUAGCCAUCUCUGAUUCCAGCUAACACAGCUACCACCUUACCGGGGGAGAUAACGCUAGCUGGCUGGCUGACAGCUGGUUGGGUUAGCUGCGUGCCUUUCACUGUAGCAGAACUGAGAUUUUUUUCGCAGAAACAAUGACUCGUCUCUGACAUUGUGAGGACUGAGGCCCAUUUGGUUGUAACAUUGGAGUUAAUCGGAGCCCAUAACUAGCAAGGUGGAUCUUUGCUGACUCUCCGUUGGUGCCAUAGAAGAUAAGCGAGGAAGUCAAAAGUCAGCUUGCCGAUGCCCGCUGAUUGUGAUCCCGCAGAGUUGCCAAUAUGAUGCCGAUGAUAUUGACGGUGUACCUCAGCGACGGGGAGCAGGCCGUGACUGAGGUGCCCAUCACCCCUGAAACAACGUGCCACGAUGUCGUCGAGUUCUGUAAAGAGCCCGGCGAGAGCGGCUGCCAUCUGGCCGAGGUGUGGAGAGGCAACGAGCGAGCAAUCCCCUUUGAGCACAUGAUGUAUGAACACAUGCAGAAAUGGGGACCUCGGAAGCAAGAAGUCAAAUUCUUCCUCCGGCACGAAGAUUCACCAACUGAGAGCAGCGAUCAAGGGAGUCAGCAGUCUCAGGAGCAAAUGAGUCGCAGAAGUGGAAAUACUGGAGACAAGCACAAUGAGAAUGGGGUGGGCAGCCAGCGUGUGGAGCUCACGCUGUCGGAGCUGCAGGAGAUGGCCACACGGCAGCAGCAGCAAAUCGAGGCUCAGCAGCAGAUGCUCGUUGCAAAGGAGCAACGUCUGCGUUACCUGAAGCAGCAGGAGCGACGUCAGCAGCAAAGCGUUUCAGAGAGCGAGAAGCUGCAGAGGCUGAAGGAACGUGUAGAGAGCCAGGAGGCCAAGCUCAAGAAGAUUCGCGCAAUGAGAGGCCAGGUGGACUACAGCAAGGUCAUCAAUGGCAACCUGUCGGCUGAGAUCGAGCAGGUUAGCAGCCUGUUCCAGGAGAAGCAGGCGGAGUUGCAGGCAGCUGUGUUGAGGGUGGAGCAGCUUAGCCUGCAGCUAGAGGACCUGCGGAGAGGAAAGCUGAAUGGCAUACAGGCGUCCCUGGGUGGCCAAGUAACCGGUGCUGCAGCGCUGGAGCUCCGCAAACUGUACCAGGAGCUUCAGAUUCGAAACAAGUUGAAUCAGGAGCAAAACAGCAAGCUGCAGCAACAGAAGGAGCUUCUGAACAAGCGCAAUAUGGAAGUGACGCUUAUGGACAAGCGUAUCAGUGAGCUGAGGGAGCGUCUCUACAAGAAAAAAGCUGAGGCACGUCAAAAAGAGAACCUCCCUCUGAAUAGAGCCAAUGGGCCUCCGUCUCCCCAGCCAGCUCCCGGCACUCUGGGUCGUGUUGCUGCUGUCGGGCCAUAUAUCCAGGUUCCAGUACCGGCUCGACAGGAAGGCGGCUACACCAUACCACCAGAUCCACUGAAGCCACAGACUCUGGGUGUUAAUAACCAAGCUAACCAUGGCCGCACUAAAUCAGCUAAUGAAACUGGUUGGCCUACUCUAGGCAAGCCCAGUGCAACUCUAAAACCUCCUGAGAGAAGAGACUCAGGGACUGAUACCCAGGGCAAAAGUGCUCCCUCAGGCUCCCCCGGUGCUCCAAGUGCAGAAAAGGUGCUAGACUCCAAAAUGGCUGUGUCCUCCCCAGCCAUCAACAAGCCGCAGCCACCACCAUACGGAUCCCACCUCACCUCCGCAAACUCAGCCAGCUCCUUGGAGCGCCGUAAAGAUGCACCUCCCCCACCUCGCCCACUCCCAAACCCACCAGCUCCCGCUUGGCCCCGUGUGCCCCCCACAGGCUCGUCCUCCCAGCAGAUCCAGCAGCGUAUUUCAGUGCCACCAAGCCCCACCUUCCAGCCUAAUGCACCGCUCUUUCCUUCUGGAAUGAGUGAACGACUGGAUCCUCCGCCAGCUGUGGCAGUGCGUCCCUUCAUCCCAGACAGAGGAUCACGGCCUCAGUCUCCCCGAAAGGGCCCACCUACCGUGAACUCUAGCUCCAUCUAUCACAUGUACCUCCAGCAGUUGGCGCCAAAGAGCCAGCCACUAAAGCCUGCUAUUAAAGCAGUAUACGGGAAGCCUGUUCUCCCCUCCAGCUCGACGCCUCCCUCGCCUCUGUCUUUUGGUCAGUCAGGAGGGGCCUUCCCAUUGCUCCAAGGCCAACCCAGUGGUGAGGACACAUUAGACGGAGAAUAUGACGAUCAUGAGAGCUUCCAGCACCUCGAGCCGUCAGCACCUCCUCCCAGUGUGGAGAACAUACCACGGCCACUCAGCCCAACCAAGCUGACGCCAAUGGUACAUUCCCCGCUGCGCUACCAAAGCGACGCUGACCUCGAAGUGCUCCGUAAAAAGCUGGCCAACGCUCCAAGACCACUGAAGAAGCGCAGCUCCAUCACAGAACCAGAGGGUCCCAGCGGACCCAACAUCCAGAAACUGCUCUACCAGAGAUUCAACACUCUUGCAGGAGGCAUAGAGGGAAAUGGAGUUGGUGGAUCUGGAGGUGGGAGUGGUGCAGGUAAUGGAACACCAUUUUAUCAACCAAGUAAUCCUCCUGGAUACCUAGGAGGUGACCCUCUGGCUGAUACAGACAAUGGGAAUCUCCUCUCAGAAACUCCGCUAGCGCCAACACCAGGCGAAGAGGAGCCGGGCUCUGACGCUCCCCCUGCCACUACUGAUGCUAAUGACAAUGAGCCAGUGGCCUCACCAAAAGGAGGGCACAUGGAUCCUGCUGAAGCCGAGGGAUCAGAAGACAACAGCAACAACAACGUGGGAGGCUCAGAAGCGGCGCUGCCCAGCCCUGUGCCGGAGGUCACCACUCCAGAGGAGAGUGGCACAGGGGUCUCACAACCACUGGAGAAGCGAACAAACCUAAAAAAACCAAACUCUGACCGCAUUGGUCAUGGCUUCAGAGUGAAGUUUAACCCUCUGGCUCUCCUGCUGGACGCCUCGUUGGAGGGAGAAUUUGACCUGGUCCAGAGGAUCAUCUAUGAGGUGGAAAAUCCCAGCACUGCCAAUGACGAAGGCAUCACACCCCUGCACAACGCAGUGUGCGCGGGACAUCACCACAUAGUCAAGUUCCUGCUGGAUUUUGGAGUGAACGUCAAUGCUGCUGACAGUGAUGGAUGGACUCCUCUUCACUGUGCAGCUUCCUGCAACAGUGUUCAUCUCUGUAAGUUGUUGGUCGAGUCAGGGGCCGCCAUCUUUGCUAGCACCAUUAGCGAUGUGGAGACUGCUGCGGAUAAAUGCGAGGAAAUGGAAGAGGGCUACCUCCAGUGUUCCCAGUUUCUAUACGGUGUUCAGGAGAAGCUGGGCGUAAUGAACAAGGGGACGGUGUACGCUCUGUGGAAUUAUGAAGCCCAAAAUCCGGACGAGCUGUCGUUCAGUGAGGGGGACGCCAUCACCAUCCUGCGACGACAAGACGACAGCGAAACGGAGUGGUGGUGGGCACGACUCGAGGACAAUGAGGGCUAUGUUCCCCGCAACCUGCUGGGGCUCUAUCCUAGAAUCAAACCUCGUCAGCGCUCCCUGGCAUAGUGUCUCACUCCACUGACCUGUGGCUAACAGCUGGACUACUGACACGACCAAGAGCAGAGAACAACAAAAGAGCCUGGUGCUCUCUCUUCUCCCUGUGGCCAUAACCUCCCCCCUGAGCCUUGUGCUUCUCACAAAAAUCCUUUUUUUUUUUCUUUUUUUCUUUCUUUCCUUCUGGGCACAGAACUCGUGACACAUAUGCUUACAAGCUGCACACACAAACACAAUGAAACACAAGCACUCCGAUGUUUAUUAAAUGACUUCAUCCCACCCACAGCCCUACCCCACCCCCACCUCUCUUCAGCCUGUCGCUCUGAUAUUGUCCCGACUUGGAUUUGAUCCCGUUUCAGUGCCAGCUCUGUAACUGACAUCAAUUUGAAGAAUCAAACACUAAUCCUUGUCUCAGUAUUUCUUGCAGUGUUCACACUUGUUUAGCCAUCUCCCUACUGAGGUCUGUGGUGGCAAUGGUUUACACGACACUAUAUUGAUAACUGGAAGUUCAUCUUUAAAGUUGGGAGAAGUCGCUGAUUUUUUUUUUCCAUUUUAUUUUAUUUGUUAAUGUAAUGUAAUAAGAGUUAUUGGACAUGAAGUAUUUUUUUAAGGCUAAUUUGAUCCCUGUGACUAAAACACUAAUGCAGAAAAUAUGUACUUUAAUGAAGGCCUAACCACCAAAGAUGAAAAUGCAUCAACUUUAAAUCUAUUAGUCCCUGUGAUCUUGCAGAAUUGUUGAGUGAGAUAAUCAAUUGAUUUGCUGCUAUCAGAAAGGAUUAUUAGUUCUCAGACUUUAGAGUCCUUCGAGACUAUGCUGUAAAUCCUGAGUAUUUUUGUCAGACAGGCCAGUGAAAUUCCAGUGUAUUCAAGAAAAGAUGAAUAUAGAUUUGACAGUUCGCACAUUGCCAUGAAUUGCAUUUCACAAACAUCGUUGCAAGAUGUGAUUUCUUUAUUUAUUUUUCUUCCGUUAGUGUCAUCUGUUCAGAAUGUGGAUGCAGGAUUGUUGCGGAUGUGUGGCGAGAACAUUAAUAAAUUAUAAGUGAGCCUUUGAACAAUAA